GGAAACUGCAUUUCCGGAGAGAGACACACCACGUAGGACUGAAAAUGGUUAGUCUAAGGGGAUUCAUGACAGAUUUCAGAAACCACAAUGAACAGAAUGGCCCCAGAGAAUCCCCAGCCAGACCCUUUCAUCAACAGGAAUUAUUCCAACAUGAAGGUGAUACCACCACAGGAUCCAGCUGGUCCCAGUUUCACUCUGUUAUCCAAGCUGGAGUGCAGUGGCACAGUCUCAGCUUAUUGCAGCCUCAGCCUCCCAGGUUCAACUGAUCCUCCCACCUCAGCCUCCCGAGUAGCUGGGACUACAGCAAUACGGAGAAGGCAUCAACAACGUACUUCUUUCAGCAACCAACAGUAUGAAGAGCUAGAAGCUCUGUUUAGCCAGACCAUGUUCCCAGAUAGAAAUCUUCAGGAGAAACUAGCUUUGAGACUCAACCUACCGGAGUCAACAGUAAAGGUUUGGUUCAGGAACCGGCGAUUCAAAUUGAAGAAGCAGCGGCAGCAGCAGCAAUCAGCAAAGCAACGAAACCAGAACCUUCCAUCCAAGAAGAAUGUGCCCACCUCCCCCAGAACAUCCCCUAGUCCUCAUGCUUUUUCUCCUGUGAUUUCAGAUUUCUACAGCUCCCUUCCACCUCAUCCCUUAGACCCUUCCAAAUGGGCAUGGAACUCUACCUUCACUGAGAGUUCCACAAGUGACUUCCAAAUGCAAGAUACUCAGUGGGAGAGGCUGGUGGCCUCGGUUCCUGCUUUGUACUCUGAUGCCUAUGACAUAUUCCAAAUCAUACAACUGUACAAUCUUCCUGAUGAGAAUGAGAUAGCCAGUUCUUCUUUCCACUGUCUGUAUCAGUAUCUCUCACCCACAAAGUACCAGGUAGGAGGACAGGGUUCCUCUCUCAGCACCUUUGCUGGUCCAGCUGUAGGCCUAUCUUCCGCACAAACCUGGCCCAGUAUAACAAGCCAAGGCUUUGAAGCCUACAAUCUAACAGAUAGCCUGGAAUUCCAGAAAACCUCCAAUAUGGUAGACUUGGGAUUUCUCUGGCCAGAGUACUAA